ACAAGUGAUGACUGGGAAAUUGCACAAUCCGAUAUUACAAUUGGACCAAGGAUUGGAUCCGGUUCAUAUGGAACAGUAUUCAAAGGACAUUGGCAUGGACCUGUUGCAAUAAAAAAGCUUAAUGUUACAGAUCCUACCCCAUCCCAACUACAGGCUUUUAAGAAUGAAGUUACGGUUUUAAGGAAAACACGACAUGUAAACGUUUUAUUGUUCAUGGGUGUAAUGUCCAAACCCUUCUUAGCCAUCGUUACACAGUGGUGUGAAGGAUCAAGUCUUUAUCGCCACUUGCAUGUAAUGGAAACUAAAUUUGAAAUGCUACAGAUUACGGAAAUAGCCAGGCAGACAGCGCAAGGAAUGGAUUAUUUACAUGCGAAGUUCAUCAUUCAUCGGGAUUUAAAAUCAAAUAACAUCUUUUUACAUGAUGAUUUAACUGUAAAAAUUGGAGAUUUUGGUUUAGCAACUGUGAAAUCAAGAUGGAGCACAUGUCAAGAUAGUGAACAACCGUCUGGCUCUAUAUUAUGGAUGGCGCCGGAGGUCAUGAGGAUGCAGGACGUUACACCGUACACGGUCAGGUCAGAUAUCUAUAGCUUUGGCAUGGUGUUACUUGAAUUAACAACAGGAGAACUGCCGUAUUCUCAAAAGAGCAGAGAUCAGAUAAUAUUUAUGGUUGGAUGUGGACUUUUGAAGCCAAACUUGAAUCAGUGUAGACCGGAAACACCUAAACAUUUGAAAGCAAUAAUAUCAGACUGUUGUAAAUAUUCUCGAGAUGAGCGCCCAGAUUUUGCUCAGGUGUUGGGGGUACUGGAAAAUUUGGCGCAAGAUAUCCCAAAAAUCCAUCGUAGUAUGUCAGAACCGAUGAUAAACAGACCAGAUGAUGCAUUAAGUAUUGUUGGCACUCCAAAAUCGCCAAUUCCCAGUGCUUAUGGGAACUUUUCAUUUUUAUCCAAUACGAAUACAAUUGAUAGCAAAAUGACUUAA